AUGAACCAUGUCCUGGAUUUCAACGUUGACAACUCCCAUCUCUCUGCCGCGCACCUCGAUCUGAACAAACCCACCGAUCUCUCCGUCAUUGCAGAGGAAGUUGUGGAAGGCGUCUUCCUAGCAUAUCUACAGCCAACGAUCAACUGCAUCUCUGGAGCUUCUGGGGACUUCCCUCGUGGCACCAGGAUUCCCCGAGACCUUCAUGCUGUGAGACCAGAUGUCAAAGUGAUUCUGGAUAUUGCGCCUACGGAUUGGAUCUACCACGCACCUCCUGGAGCAGUGCGCCGCAUCAUUAUGAACUUGUUCAGCAAUGCGUUCAAAUAUACCGCUGCCGGUCAAGAGCGAAACGUUGUUCUAACGGUCUCUGAUACUGGCAAGGGCAUCUCGAAAGAGUUCUUGCGUGGAAAGCUCUUUACGCCCUUUGCACAAGAAGACAGUCUUGCUGUGGGCUCUGGCCUCGGCCUGUCGUCCGGAGCAUCAUCCAGUCUCUCGGUGAAUCGGGCUGUGCUUGGCUUCGAUCACGUUCAGCACCGCGGACCAGCAUUGAGACAGAACCCACUUCUAGAGGGUCAUGAAGGACGAACACUUGCUAUACUCGGAGCCGAGGUAAGUGACGCACCGAAUGAUCCAAACUGGGCCGACCUCUCUCGAUAUAUCACCGAUUGGUAUGGUCGCCGGUUCGUAUCCAUGUUGGCAUCCGAGGCUAUUGAUCUCAUCCUGGCCGAUGAAUUACCGAGCGAGACUGUGAUCAGCCAAGGCUCUGCUACCAUGCAGACCGCCUUGCUUGUUUUCAGCGAUCAGUAUAUUGGUCCCGUUGAAGCUGUCAAGAGACAAGAUGAUGACAGCUACGACAUUAUCUUCAUAGUCAAGACAUUUCCAUGCCGGAGAUGGAUGGGGUUUGAAGCCGCCCGGGCGAUUCGUGCAUUGGAGAAAGAGCGCAGCCCAGACUCCACCCCGGCCAUGAUCAUUGCAUUAACGGGACUCAGCAGUUCAGAGGAUGGAUCCAAGGCGCUUGCAUCGGGAAUGGACAUGUUUAUGACGAAACCCGUCUCUUUCAAGAAUAUCGGGAAGUUGUUGAAGGGGUGGACGGAAAAACGCUCCGAACGGGAAUAA